AUGCCCAGUGAAUCUCGUCUCGGCAUACUCAAUUUCUCGACUAUGACUAGCCGUCAGCUGUCCCAGUUAGUGACAAGAAAUUUGUUCCAUACAUGCUCCGCUUUGCAGGCUGAAGAGGUAGCGACCACGGCUACUAAACUGAGCAAGGAUCAACUGAAAAAGAGAGAAAUACGUCGGUUUGCUCAACGAAAAGCAGCUGCCAAGAAAUCUCCAAAAGACCACCCGCUUUACAUGCCUAUUCCCUUGGCAUUGAGGUUUUUACGUGCGGCAGAAGUCGGACAACCGCAGUCGCAGCAGACCAUCAGUCUCACGACAGCAGUGAUUGCCGAAAGAGGUGUACCUCCGUUAGCUGGCAACGUUUCCUUUGCUAAGCCGUUGAAAGAUGUGAAGAUCGCGGUCUUCAGCACUGACGAGGAGCAGUUGAAGUUGGCACGGGAGAAAUUCAACUGUCACCUAGUGGGAGGAACUGAACUAAUCGAAAAGAUCAAGAGCGGAGAAGUACCAGUUGAUUUUGAUAAGGCGUUCGCUACGCCAGAAGUAGUGCCAGCGUUGACUUCUCAGCUGGCUAGAAUCCUCGGUCCCCGUGGUGUGCUUCCCACGGUCAAGAAGGGCACAGUGGCGGCGGACAUCGGGCCGCUGGUGCAAAAAAGUCUGGGAUCCAUGCCUUUCAGACAGCGUGGUAACUGCAUCAGCAUGGCGGUUGGCAAAUCCAAUUUCACAGAUAGACAGAUCCUCGAGAACAUUAUAGCAACGCAAGAGGCCGUUAAGGAAGCCAUAGCAAAUCAAGCUUCCAAGAGGCCUAGCCUGCUGGGCAAGACCACUCUAAGCAGCACCCACGGUCCGGGCAUCGUGAUUGACUUUGCCUGA